AUGCCGUCCUUCUUCGUCCCAGGCCACCAUGGCCUGCCUACGCCUCCCCAUGUCAACGGUGGUCGUAUGGAAGACCCAUCAUUCUACCCGGUUGGUCAUGCAGGAUUUCCUCCUCGCUACCACCAAAGCGGCAAUGAGUUCAUCGAACAGUACUCGCAGUCUCUGUGCUACGCCAAACCUACUUCGAUGAAUCACCACCAGUCCGCCCACCCGAUGAGCACUGCUCGCGAUCAUCACAUGAUGAACCAGCAGCCCAUGUUCAACCCCAUGGUUGGCACUGGAUUGCCCUCAAUCCGCAGCAACGUCCAACUUCCGCCCAUGGACGCUACGAUCCCGCCUCAAUAUCGCCGACAAGAAGCCCCAAUGCAACACCAGCCCGAACAGCCCCGCAAGGAGGAGAAAACUACUGGAGGUGUCGCAGCUCACCUGGAUUAUGAGAUGGAUCGCAUGUCCGACUUUGUGGCAGAGAUGGCUCAGGGAAUGUAUGAUUUGUUCGAGACCAACAUCACCAUUGCAGAUAUUGACCUCAUUUUGUCCUCGACACGCCUCCCGAGUUCGACCAUUCUGCUCGGUCUCUUUUAUCUCGCCAGCCGUGUGCGCCUGUUGUCAGCCCAACGCGCCUUCGCCAAGACAGACAGUAGCCAGGUCUAUCGUAUGUUGACUGUGGCCCUUCUGUUGGGCAGCAAGUUCCUUGAUGACAACACCUUCCAGAACAAAUCCUGGGCCGAAGUUAGCAACAUUCCCGUUGCUGAGUUGAACCACAUGGAAUUGGAAUGGCUCUUUGCCUUCGACUGGAAGAUUCACGACCGCAUCUACGACAAGCAGGAUGGUUUCGCCUCGUGGCGCGCGCACUGGGAUACAUGGCGGGUCAAGGCAACAGCUCGGGCCCAGGAGACUCGCCAGACCCUGGCGCCUCUGGAGACCAACGUGGUCCGUGGCCAGGGUGUCACCAAGCCCCUUAUGUCCCCCGAAGGCCCCAUCCCGCCGCAGUACCAGCGCAGUUCACAAAUUGAGAACUCCUGGCUCAACCCGACCGCGUCCGAAUACUCGCCUCCCUCUGCCCUUUCUAGCGGCCCCACCACCCCCGAUUAUUACUCGGUUGGCCCCUGGGGAUACGCUAACCCGCCUCCGCCUCCGCCCUACUCGCGAGGCUGGAACGCACCCUCACAGUAUAUGGCUCACCCCGCACCUCGAUCCCAGCCCCCAUCCUAUCAUCACACUCCGGCGUAUGGCUUGCCAUUCGCACAGAGUCUCUGGACGGGUCAUGGUUCAUCUUGUGGCUGCACCUACUGUGCCAAGCAUCUCGAGCACUACAUGUGCAACAAUGCAUUCCCCGCGAUGCAGCAGCCGAUGAUCGCAGCCUAG